AUGUCUGAAGAUGUAAAGUUACACGUCCAAGAGGUCCAAAAGCAACCCCAAAACAGCAAGACACGCCCCGUCAACUAUACGCAUACUUAUGCUUAUAUUCAGAUCUUUGGUCACGGGAGUCGAGGGGAAACCAGAUCCAUUUUUCUGCACACCGAUCACCGGAACUACCUAUUCAACUGUGGUGAGGGCAUCCAACGCUUAGUUUUCGAGCAUCGCGUCAAGCUCACGAAAAUCGAAAAUAUAUUCAUCACCAGACCCACGUGGCGAAACAUAGGUGGACUGCCAGGAGUCGCUUUGUACUUCCAAGACAAUGGAGUUUCGUCAGUCCAGCUCCAUGGUCCUGAAGGAUCAAUGGGUGUGAUGGAAUCGACCGAAAAUUUCAUGACCUUAAACGACUUGACCCUUAAAUCGGCGGAUGUUUCUAAAACUUAUAAAGAUCCGAUACUGACUGUCAACUAUGUCUUGAUUUCAAAGUCUCGCAAGGAAAUUGAAUGUGACGAUGUGUAUUCUGAUCUACCGUUGGAAAACAUUUCUUUGAAUGAUAAUCAAACUCGGAGCGUCAGCGAGACUUCAUGCUCACCAGAAAACAAAGUUAAAGAAAAAGAGCCAGAGACAAAGAGUAAAACUACCGAUCUUUUGAUUUUUAUUUGCAAGAUUGAAAAAAAACUCGGUCACUUGGACGUGCAAAAGUGCCGUGAUUUGGGUGUACCGUCUGGACCAUUGAUGGGAAAGCUCAAGGCGGGUGAAGAUGUGAUACUUGCUGACGGUACUGUUAUCCACAGUAAAGAUGUAAUUGGCGAAAACGACGAAGGGCCAUUGUUUAUCGUUUUAGAGUGCCCCGAUGAGGAAUGGAUGGAUCUUGUGAUUAAAAAUCAAGCAUUCGAAAAGUAUCAAAAUUCUGGAAUCGGAGAAAAAAUUGCUUGUAUAGCACAUUUGACCCCUGAAAAAGUGCUCAACAACCCAAAGUACAAGGAAUGGAUGCAAAAAUUCGGCCCUGAUACAACGCACUUGAUUAUAAAUGAACUUAACACAGGUUACUCUGGCAGAGCUGUAUACGAAAUGCAGCACCAACUUAAUUUGAUACAUCCCAAAAUAUUCCCUCUUUUGCAAGAUCAGCAGAAGCAUAUGCAUUUAGAACUUCAUCAUGAAAAUAAGUUCAGUACAGAUGAAACUGAAGGAAAAAAACCAGAAGAAAAAGAUUUAGAUGCAAGCUUUCUAAGACAUAAUCUGAAGGUUAGGCGUUGCAAAUCGCUCGAUAUAUUUCAUUUGCGGCCAAAGAAAGGUUUGACAACAGAAAAAAACAUAAAAAUCAAUCCAAACGUGCACAACCAGGAUACGAUGAAAAUUGAUGGACUUGCUGAUUCUCUCGCCGAGUUACAAACAGAGAUAAGUGCCAAGACCAAAGAUUUAGGAGACAACAUUGAAGAAUUUCCAAAAAUACACAUGUUGGGCACGGGUUCUUGUAUUCCUAAUAAAAUUAGAAACGUCACUGGCAUAUUAUUUGAAAUAGACGAAGAAAGAAGUAUGUUGUUGGACUGCGGAGAAUCGACGUUUCACCAAAUUGUCAGACUCCUUGGUGAAACGCAGGCUAAUAAAGUUUUAAGAUCCUUAAAAGCCAUCUACGUAUCUCACUUACACGCGGAUCACCAUUUAGGAUUGAUCGGAAUCUUAGAAGAGAAAAAAAUGGUCACAAACAAUCCCAUAUUUUUAAUUAUGCCACAGCAACUCAUGCCUUUUGUACACUAUUACAGUACUAGAUGUAAUAAAAUUUUGGACAAUUGCGAACUCGUAUGUAACAGCGAUAUAUUACUGGAUCAUUCGAGUUUAACACCCACAAAAUUAAAAUUGGUAUUAGAUGCUUUGAACCUUUCCGAAAUAAGUACGGCACUCGUAGUUCACUGUCCGUUUGCAUACGCCAUUGCACUAACUCUUACGGAUGGACGAAAAAUAUGCUACAGUGGUGAUUCGAUGCCGUGCGACGGACUGCAAAAGUUAGCACAUCAUAGUUUUCUACUGAUCCACGAAGCAACGAUGGAGGAUGCCUUGGAGAGUGAAGCGGUUGCUAGAGGUCACUCGACAAUCUCCCAGGCCAUAAAUACAGGUGUAAAGGCUAAAGUCAACUUCACCCUGUUGACUCACUUUUCGCAGCGAUAUGCUAAAUUACCUUUGCUGACAGACACCGAAGAAAGUGGCAACGAUUACAGUAAUGUAGGCGUUGCCUACGAUUUGAUGUCCAUCAGUCUGUCGAAACUGCCACUUCUACCACUCUUCUACAAAACCCUGAAGGUUAUGUUCAACGAGUUUCGAGAAGAAGUCUGUAAAAAGGCUAUCAAGCGUGGCGAUUGACAGUUUAUUUUUAACAUGACGUACAGUUAAAGAACCAGAUUUAAUAACACACACGAUUGAAGUACAAUAGUUUUAGUUAUUCAAAGCGGUGUAAUGGUUGUAUAAAAUCAUAUGAUUUAAAAUAUCUAAUAAAUGUUCAAACAAAUUUUUUUCAAUUUUAAUGAAAUGGAGCUUGUUGAUGGUUUAAAAA